AUGGACACAGGAGAUGAUGGUCAUGCCAGGACAGGGACCUUCUGGAGAACAAUGCCUCAUGCUUUUACCUCUAUUGUUGGCUCUGGUAUUUUGGCAUUGCCAUGGACCCUUGCUCAAUUGGGUUGGAUUGUUGGACCCUUUGUUAUUGUCUUCUUUGCGGCAAUCACAUAUUACUUUGCUUCACUUCUCUGUGACUGUUAUCGAACUCCUGACCAGAUAAAAGGAAAAAGAAACCGCACAUACAUGGAUGCUGUAAGAGUAUUUUUAGGUGAAAGAAAUGUACUUAUCUGUGGCAUCUUGCAAUAUUCAGCACUGUGGGGCACGAUGAUUGGGUACACGAUUACCGCCACCAUUAGUAUUGCGACUGUGAAGAGAUCCAUUUGUUUCCAUCAACAUAUGUCAAGAUGUGAUGUACAAGGAAAUGUAUAUAUGAUGGCGUUUGGAGCAAUGGAAAUUGUUUUGUCCCAGUUUCCAAACCUAGAAAAAGUUACGUUUCUGUCAGUGAUUGCAACCGUGACUUCAUUUAUAUAUUCACUUAUUGCGUUGGGUCUAUCUAUUGCAAAACUUUCCACAACCCAUAAGCUCAAAGGUACUAUAAUGGUGGCUCAUGUGGGAAAGGAUAUUGCUACAUCAACCAAAUAUUGGCAUGUUUUUCAAGCUCUUGGAAAUGUUGCAUUUGCUUACACUUAUGCAUGGCUGCUGCUAGAAAUUCAGGAUACCUUAAAGUCACCACCACCAGAGAAUAAAGUGAUGAAGAAAGUCUCCUUCUAUACCAUUCUUGGGACAGCAAUCUUUUAUUGUUCUUUGGGAUUCAUAGGUUAUGCAGCAUUUGGAAGUGAUGCUCCAGGAAAUAUUCUUACAGGAUUUGAUGAACCAGUUUGGCUUGUUGAUGUUGGCAACAUUGCUGUGAUCAUUCAUUUGAUUGGAGGUUAUCAGGUGUUUGGUCAAGUAAUUUUUGCUACAAAUGAGAGGUUGCUCACAUCAAGAUUGUCAACAUCAUUCUUUAAUAGAACUUAUACCAUAAGGUUUUCAUUCAUAAGGAACAGAUCCUUUCACUUUUCAUUCAGCAGGCUUCUCAUGCGAACGGUUUUCGUCAUUUUAACAACUUUGGUUGCCAUGAUAUUUCCAUUCUUCAAUGCAAUCCUGUCCAUUCUUGGCUCAAUUUCCUUCUGGCCGAUAACAGUGUACUUCCCAAUGCACAUGUAUAUGAUUCAGGCAAAGAUCAAGAAGGGAAGUCCUACCUGGAUGGUCUUUUAUGUUCUAAGUUUUGUGUGUUUGAUUGUUUCUCUUGUUUCUGUUAUUGGUUCAGUUGCUGAUAUCUCCCAGAAUCUUAGGCAUGCAAAGAUAUUCCAUAUUGAACUCUAG